GCGGGGCUUAAAAGGCGCCGGGCGCGCCGGGCGCUGUCUCUGCGCCCUGGUGCUGAAAGCGAGCCGCCGCCGCCCGCUCCGUCGGUGGCUCCCGCCGCGAUGCCUGGCACGUCGCUGCCGCUGCUGCUGCUGCUGCUGGCGGGGGCUGGAUCCAGCCCGGUCCGGCCCCCGGCGGCCCUCUGCGUCCUCCGCAGCCCGCUGGCGGCCGGCGUGCUCCGCUUGGAGGCGUCCGACGGGAAAGAGCUCCUGAGCGCCACUUGGGCGCCCCGACGACGCGCCAGCCUGAGCGGCUGCAGCGUCUCCGCGGAGCCCCGGGAGGUGGCCGCCUUCCUGGGCCGCUGUUCCGCGGGGGCGCAGGAGGCGGAGGAGCCCGACUUCCCCGGGAUGGAAGAAGCCAAGGCGGCCUGCCUCGACGGCGCGGACGGCAGAGAGGCUUCCUCCCGGCGCCGGACCAAGCGCGGCUUCACCUACCCGGGGACACUCUGGUGCGGAGCCGGCAACAUCGCGGAGAGCUACGAAGAACUGGGAGCUCACCAGGAGACGGACAGGUGCUGCCGGGAACACGACCACUGCCAGCACGUCAUCCACCCUUUCACCUACAAGUACGGGUACCGCAAUUUCCGAUGGCACACCAUCAGCCACUGCGACUGCGAUAACAGGUUAAAGGCAUGCCUGCGAGCCGUGAACGACACAGCCUCCCGCGUGGUGGGCCAGGCCUUCUUUAACGUCAUCCAAGUGCCUUGCUUUGAGUUUGCCUACAAAGAGCAAUGUGUGGAGCCUUAUCUCUACGUCUGGUGCAAGAACUACACAACCGUGGCAGUUGCUGUGGCGCAAGAUCCAGUGUUGUACGAAUACGGCGGGGGGCUCAUAGACGGGCUGGCAACCCGCCAGCCGCCCCCGGCAAAGUCUUCCACCACCACCUCCUUCCGUCUGUUGGCGGGUUCAUCUCCUCUUCCCCGCAAGCCGGACCCGCCUGUUGUGGCAGUGGCUGGGACCACUCCUGCCCCCCAGGCCAGGCCCAGCGACACCCCCAAGAAGCAGCGGAAGGGCAAGGGCAAAGGAAGAAAAGGCAGAAGGGGGAAAGGCUUGAAGAAGGCGGCGUUGGCGGCAAAGGCUGCGACCGUCCCUCAUCCGGCGAGAGAGGACCCCGCCGCCUUUCCAAAGCAGCUGGUGGAGCAAGAGCCGGCCAAGGUGGAUUUCCAAGACCCCGUGGGGCGUCUGGACUUAGGGGAGGAAGAUCUGUUCAAUGCCAUCCUAGGCGACGACCCUGCGGGAUUGGCCGAACCAGGGGGCAGAGAGCCAACUGCCCUGCCCAAGGCCACCCCCAGGCCCCCCACUGUCCAGCCUCCUCCGAGGAAGAGGAAAGGGAGGAGGCGGCGUCUCAGGGAGAGAGAUGGACGGUCCCAGCAUUUGCCCCACCCAGACUCGGGGGGCAAGAUCUCCGCAGUCCAGGCUGCGUAAUAAACAGGCAGAAUCAGAUCAAG